AUGGGUCAUAAUCCCAAUAUACAAAAUACUGAAGUGAAUAGUAAAAAGUUAAAAGGUCAUUUCGAGACUGAAGAUGAACAUAACGAGGCACAGUUUGACGUUUUAACACAAAUGCGUCAACAAAGAUAUACGGAAAUCCUGGUAUGCAGAGAAGGCGGAAUGAACUUUACUCAUAAGAGGCAAAAGCAACCUCUAUUCACAACUUUAACCUUUUCCUCGAAUGUCUCCACACUGUCUAGUGACGUGCUAGUCAGCUCUAAGACGACACCAGCAGCCAUCUUCCAGACCCCUGCCCCAGCAGCCGUCUUCCAGACCCCUGCCCCAGCAGCCAUCUUCCAGACCCCUGCCCCAGCAGCCAUCUUCCAGACCCCUGCCCCAGCAGCCAUCUUCCAGACCCCUGCCCCAGCAGCCAUCUUCCAGACCCCUGCCCCAGCAGCCAUCUUCCAGACCCCUGCCCCAGCAGCCAUCUUCCAGACCCCUGCACCAACUUUCCAGAGGACGUUUGUACAACAUGAGGAGGAAGCGGAGAAGGAGGAAGAAGAGGAGGAGGAGGAGAAUAAGAUGAAGAGGCACAGCUCAACAAAACAACAAACCCAGGAAGUAGAUCAGAGUACAAAAGAGCGAAUAGUUUUGGGCGAGACCUUCCCCCAUAACGGAACACCUCGGCCAAGACGCGCCCCACAACGGAACACCUCGGCCAAGACGCGCCCCACAACGGAACACCUCGGCCAGGACGCGCCCCACAACGGAACACCUCGGCCAAGACGCGCCCCACAACGGAACACCUCGGCCAGGAUGCACCCCUCAACGGAACACCUCGGCCAGGACGCGCCCCACAACGGAACACCUCGGCCAGGACGCGCCCCACAACGGAACACCUCGGCCAAGACGCGCCCCACAACGGAACACCUCGGCCAAGACGCGCCCCACAACGGAACACCUCGGCCAAGACGCGCCCCACAACGGAACACCUCGGCCAAGACGCGCCCCACAACGGAACACCUCGGCCAGGACGCACCCCUCAACGGAACACCUCGGCCAAGACGCGCCCCACAACGGAACACCUCGGCCAAGACGCGCCCCACAACGGAACACCUCGGCCAGGACGCACCCCUCAACGGAACACCUCGGCCAGGACGCGCCCCACAACGGAACACCUCGGCGAAGAAGCGCCCCACAUGUAAACAAUCCCAGGGCGAGCCAGCCAGGGCCUCAUUACCAGGGAAGAUGUGUUCGUGUAUGGUGGGCGUGGUGGUGGGGGCGUGGUGCGUGUUGGCGUGGGCGGCGGGCGUGGUGGGCCAGCGUGCGGCGCCCUGCUACCAGUGUGAAGUGUACAGAGAGACCCACCCUCACUCUAUCCCCCACACUGAGGUGGACAGGCGAUUUGAUGCGUAUAAGGACAACGGACGGACGGAUGGACGGAAGAUCCAACGAGUGGACGGUCGGACGAACGGACGGAUAGAGGAGCCCACAUCAUUCCAGGAGAGAUUACAACCAACUCAGGAUUACCUGGAGAUCAACGGAUGUGGCCGGGUGCCAGAGUGUGGGCCGGGAGUGGCACUGGUGCCAGGCGGGUGUGGGUGCUGCUGGCAGUGUGCGAGACAGGCCGGGGAGCCGUGUGACAGUGCCGCUAUUUGCGACGCCUCCAGGAGGCUCGCCUGUGUUUACAGCACCACACAAAUCACUGUCGGCACCUGCCAAGAAGUGCACCCUGUCCGCUGUACCGUCAACAAUCACACCUAUGACGAUGGGGAGGCUUUCACUCUGGACUGUCGCACCCAGUGUACCUGUCAGAACGGGACGUACGCGUGCGUGUCGCUGUGUCCCAGUGAAAGCAUCCCGCCCAGCGCCCAGUGCCAUAACCCACACCUGGUCACAGUGCCCGGCCAGUGUUGCAGGGAGUGGAUGUGUGACACCGACCCAGGUAAGGCUGUGGGUCCCCCAGAGUGCGAACGAGGGUCCGGCAAGUGGUCCCGGUGUUCACUAGAGAGCUGCGGCGCCGGCGUCUCGGUCCGCUGGUCGACCGACAACGCCCGCUGUCAACUGAUCAACCAGACUCGUCUGUGUCAACUGCGGCCGUGUCAGGACCUCCGCCGUCAGCAGCUGACGACGCCCCAACACCAGCCCGGCUAUGUGCGCGCCUCCAGGAAGCACCACAUAAGGCGCGGGCACACGUGCAAGGCGACGCAGAGGAACGUCAAGGCGGUACGUCUACGCGCAGGUUGGUGCGUCAGCGAGCGUCGCUACAGACCCAAGACGUGCGGUGCCUGUCCUGACCGCUGUUGUACCGUCCACACCUCAACUACCAUCUCCAUCGCCUUCCUGUGUCCCCUCCACGCCAACACCAACCUGCUCCCCGCCCCCCACGCCGCCCUCGCCGGUGCACGCCCUCACGCCCACCAGCCCUCCACGCCCUCUCCCAGCGUGUACGACAUGAUGGAUGAAGGUCAACCGGUAGAGGAGGCUGUUCUCACCUCCCCACAGCGCUCACGCCGCCCUCACAGAGGCUCUCACGACUUUAACUUCAUCUACGACGACCUAAACACCGGCGACAACCCCCAGGACAACGAAGAGGACCUAAACGACGAGCCUCUACUUGAACACGAGAACCUGACGGUGGAGGACGACACAGAGUAUGACGACAUUAAGAGCGACAACUAUGAGAUUGUCCACUACCAGGUGGAGUGGAUCCUAAGGUGUAAGUGUAGUGUCACCUGCGACACCCACGACCCCGCCAAUGACACUCCUCCACCACCCACAGCAACCCAACGUGCCACAGAAAAGCAAACGUAACGACGAGGCGUCGUUGACCACUAAAGUCCUUCACUAUUUGCCGAGCGAUGCUCUCUCGAGCUCCCAAAGGCCUCGAACUCCCAAAGGCCUCGAACUCCCAAAGGCUUCGAACUCCCAAAGGCCUCGAACUCCAAAAGGCCUCGAACUCCCAAAGGCUUCGAACUCCCAAAGGCCUCGAACUCCCAAAGGCCUCGAACUCCCAAAGACCACGAACUCCCAAAGAUCACGAACUCCCAAAGAUAACGAACUAGCAAAGACUACGAACUCCCAAAGGCUACGAGUUUCCAAAGGCUACGAGUUUCCAAUAGCCACGAGUUUCCGUAAGCCACCAACUCCGGAAGACCGUGAAAUGCCAGCCACACAUGAAACAAGAGGGCUGAGAUACUGACUCUCCUCUUCCUUGGACUUGCAAGGUAGACAAGUUGUAUGUUUGUAAGACUAUGUAAGAUAUUUUGUAUUUAUAACGAAGAGGAGGUAUUCUGUAAAGAUAUUACAGAAACAUAACAGGUUCUGGGGGUUGUUCUAAAAUACGUCAAGAACAAUGUGACAAGAAUAAGAUGAGACGUUGCUGAGAGAGAAUGAAAGUGCCACGUUACAACUCCGGGAAUAUGCUCGGUGUUCUUGGUCAGAGUCCACUAGUUUAGGAUGCAUAGUUAUUGUACAAAAUUCAAAUUUAUGCCUCAGUGAAAAUUGUAAGAUAUAUUUUUGUCAUUGUGGUGUGGAUUUUAAGACUGAGGGAAAGUCAAAUUUAUCAUUAUAAAACUGUGCUGUCAUUUGCUGUGGGGGAAUACAUAUAUAUAUGUAUUAUUUCCCCCAUUUGCAUAUAUAUAUGUAAACUUGAACAACCUCCCACAUGACCUUUCAAGGAAGGACCAGAGGCCUCACCUUGAAGAAAUAGAACACCUUACCUGACAAAAGAAAGAAAGAAGGAGACCUUACCUGACAAGAGAGAAAAGAACACUUAAAACUUGUCGAGGGUAAUUACAGAGGCAUCGUAGAGGAAGAACAUUGUCAAUGAACACACGGGUGAACAAAGUACGUCUUCACAGCGCCAUGGCGAAUGAACAUAUGUGUACACAUAUUUAUGGUUGUAUUUGAAUCUGAGUUUUAAUAUAUGUCUGCAUAAAACUAAGAUAUAUAAACUAUACAAUAUCUAUAUUUUUGAAUAAAAAAAAUUCAAUUUGAAAGUGUA